AUGUCCGUGACAGAUUUGACCGAACAGCUGAGAAGCACUGAACAGCUGGUAACACAGCUAAAGGAGCUCGUCAGGGAGAAGGAUGCUGAGCUUCAAAAUAAAGAUCUUCAGUUAAAGGAGGAGAAGGAAUCUGCUGAUGCCAAACUUUCCAAGUUGAAGCUGCAAAACAAAGCCAAGGUUGCAUCAUUAACUUCACAGUUGGAAGAACUUAAGAAACAGUUGUCAGAAUCAGGUGGCUUGGAGGCAAAAGCAGAACAAAAAAAGGCAUCAAAAGAUGGUGACCAGGAAAAUGCUGCGGCGAAUCGUGGAAAAAUACUAGUACUGAGAAGGAGAAUAGAAGAACUAGAAUCCCAGAUCACCCAAAAAAAUGAAGAGUUACAAAAAAAGAGUGUUGAGCUGGAGGCCCAGCGCUGUCGUGGGACUGAAAUGGAUGCCAUGCUGGCAGAGAAAGAAAAGAAGUUAGCCGAAAGAGAUGCUUACAUCAUCGAUUUACAGAUAGCUUGUGGAUCAAGUGGUGUUGCCAAUGAAACACUCUUGCCCAAUGAAGAAUUGAAGAAUCAGCUGGCUGUUAAAGAGUCAUCGCUAGAAAGCAUGCAGAUCCUAGUUCAGAACCUUACCAAAAAGGUUGGAGACAGUGAAGAAAAAUGUAGCUUGUUCCAGGAACAGAUUGAGAGUCUUAAAAAUAUUCAGAGCAAAGAGAGAGAGCGUUUCCAAGGAAAAGAAGCUACAUAUGUGGAAAAUAUACGUGUGUUUCAAAAUAUUAUCCAGGAAAAGGAAAAGGAACUGGAAGCACAGAGAGAAAAGCAUGAGCAGGAGCUCUUUAAAUUAGCUGCUAAAUCUGAUGCAAGUGCUGACCUAGAACAGUUAUUAAAGGCCUUGAAACAGAAGCUCCAUGAAAAGGAAGAAGUCAUGCUGGGAAGGACACAGGUGAUAGAUGUUUUGCAAAAAGAACUGGAUGCCAAGGACCAGCAAUUGAAAGAGAUUAAUGAAAACCUGAAACGUCUUCUGUCUGAAAAAGAAAACCUCCAGUCUAAACUGGAUGCUGAGAAACAUGUAAUGAGAGCCCAAUUAAGAGACAUGAUGGAGAAACAUGAGCUUGAAAUGACAAAAGUUAAGGAGAAAUAUAAUGCUGAACUGCAUGAAAUUCAAGAGAAACAUGAAACUGAGCUGCAAGAGAAAGAUCAGGCCCUGUUUCAGCUUAAGAAACAAGUGGCAGAAUUAAGUGGUAGUGGACAGACUAACUCAAAAGAAGUUGGAGAUCUGGAGUCUAUAACCAAAGAGAAGAUGGAAAAUUUGGAAGUACAAGUGAAAUUGAAAACAGAAGAGUUUUCAUCAAAGAAUAAUGAUGUAUCUGCCUUAAACAAUCGUGUCUCAGAAUUAGAAAUUGAAAAUGAAGAACUACAAUCAAAACUGCAAUCGUUACAUGAGAUCAGAGCUCAAAAUGAAGAAUUGCUGACUAAGCUGGAAGUCUAUGAAGAGCAGCAAAGGAAGUUGCAAGCUGACCUUGACCAAGUUACAAAGAGGGCAGCUUCACAGGCCAGUGAAUCGGGUAGUGUGGAUGAAUUGCAGAGUCAGCUCUUGGAAUGGCAAGAAAACGUACCAGAGUCAGAGGAGUCCCGCGAUCAAGUCAGAGAAGAGAAAUCUGCUAUGGCCUUGAGAAUGGCUCAGAUUGAGGAGGAGAGAGAAGCCAUGGUCUCAGGGCAACAGGAGCUGGAGGAGGAACUGGCCACAGUUCAAGGAAUGGGCAGGCUGCAGCAGGCAAGAAGAAAAAGCAAUCAAACCAGCAGGAAGCUUCAGGAAGAAUACAACUUUGAUAGAAAACAAUGCUUUCAAGAGUUGAACGUCACCUUGGAUAGCACUGAUUCAGCUGAAGGAGAAAAUAUGGGAGGCUUACGGAGUGUGGUGGAAGAGUUGGAAUUGGAAAGAAAUCAACUGCAGGAGCAAAUUGUGUUUCUAGAAGAGCGUUGUCAGGAUUUGGAAGACAGAUUGCAGCUUCAAGGUAGAAUGGAGGCUCUUCAGAAUGAAAAUGAACGUUUGCAAACUCAACUCACCCAAUUACGCAGUCAACAAAUGCGAGAUGUGGAAAAGCAUCAAAUUUUGAUCUCUGGCUUGAAUGAGCAGCUUAAAGGAUUAAGCGACAGAAAUAGUUUCCUUGAAACUUCACUUGGAGAAAAAGAACAAAAACUGUUAAGCACGACAGAAAAACUAGAACAAAUUGAAACUUUGAGGAAACUGCUUCAAGAAAAGGAUCUUCUGAACAAAGAGCUUGGUGAAAAGUUUGUUCAUACUGAGCAAAAACUGAACGAAGCCUUAAAGAAGUGCAGUGUUUAUGAAGUGGAGAACACUGAGCAGAAAACAGUCAUCAGUGAUCUAACAGAAAAAGUCGCUACACUGAAGGAAAAGACUUUGAAACAAGAUGGCGUGGUAAAGUCGAUGCAGCUGGAUCUGGACCAGACAAACGAAGAGCUUGACAAAUUGAAUACAAGCCAUUUAGAGGAAAGAUCUCAGCUUAUUCAAGAUCUCCAGAAACGUGAAAGAGAAAUUGAUAAUCUUAAAGAAGCACUGGCAGAAAAAGACAAGGAGAUGUCUGUCCUAUCUUUGAAUAUGACAGAAUAUUCUGAACAGGUUAUCAUCCUGAAGCAUCAAGUGCAAUGCAAAGAGGAAGAAAUACGAGGGAUGGAAGAGGCUUUAUCAAAGGCUGAAAGGGAAACUCAUUUACUGAAAGAAGUACAAACAGCCGAUGUAAGAGAUGCAAGCGUGAAGAUAUCUGUCCUUUCUGAGCAAAGUAAUACAAUGAGACUAGAGCUAGAAAGACUUAGAGUUGAUAAUGAAGCUAAAACCAAAGAAAAUGAGGAAUUGAUAAGACAAAGCAGUGAGAACAGCAUUACAAUUAAGGAUCUCCGUUCUGAAAUCAAAGCCAACAGUGUCGCAUACAAUAACAAACUGGCAGAGUGUGAGUCACAAAUUACUUUGCUGAAAGAACAAAUUAGUAAAUCGUCUGAAAAGCUACAAGAAACCAAGGAUAAACACAGAAAAGAAACUGAAUACUUGAAAUCUCAGCUUGAGGAAAACAAUACUCUAAAGGAAAAAUGGAACAAUUUGCUUGAAGAGAGAGAGAGUAAAGCACAGUCACUUGAAAAGGAGUUAAAAUCAAUUAAAGAUACGCACAACAAACUGGUUUUGGAAAAUGCUAAAAAAGAUGAAGAGUUGGCUGAGUUAUCUAGGAAGCUUAUAGAACAUACUGAACAUCAGGAAACAAUUAAAAAAGAAUUACAAGAGAAACAAGAGUUCAUUAUUUCAUUAGAGCAGAAGCUUGGGGUUUUGGAGCAGCAAAAUGAAGAGACUAAACUUAAAUUAACUGGAGAUCUGAAAGCCAAAGAGACAUGUUGCAAAGAACUUAAUAACCAAUUAAAUGAAAUACAUAAACAAAUUAACAAGAUGGAAAUAGAGACACGGGAGAAAGCUUCAGCUAAUAAACAAUUGCAGGCGGAUAAAAUCCAGACUGUGGCAGAAAUAGAGAAUAAGUUAUCUGUUAGCACUGCUGAGUACGAAAAAACUCUUUCAGUACUAAAUUGUGAUAAAAACACCCUGGCAAAAGAGAUUGAACAACUUUCAAUACUUGCCGAGCAAAAAGAAAAUUCAGUCGCAGAACAGCUGCAGGAGAAAACAAAGGAAUGUAAUGUGCUAGCUGAUCAGUUGUCUGAAAGCAAGGAACAGACCCAACAGUUGCAUGAACAAAUGCAAUCACUUCUCAUUCAGCUGAAGGAUACUAGAGACAAAGAAGUAAAGAAAGAAGAAAUGUUAAAUAAUAAGUUAUCUGAAUGCAGUAGCCUAAUCCAAGAGCUCAGCCAUAGUAAGGAAAAGAAUUUGCUACUGCAGGAACAAAUUCAAAGGCUAACUUUGGAUUUUGAAGCUGCGAACAGGUCUCUAGAAGAGAAAGUCCUCCAAACUGAUUCAUUAUAUAAGGCAAUGGAAGAGAGUAAGUUUUGUAUUGUAGAGUUGCAGGAUGAAAUAAAAAACCUUAAAGAUGAAAAAGCGAAGUUGUCUCAGUUGGCAGAGGAAAGAGACCUGGCUGUAAAAAGUCAGGCUUCCGAACUUGAGAAGUUUCAUAGGCAAGCUUCUGAAAAAAUGGAAGAAAGUACAGUGUUAAAUAAUCAGCUGCAGCUAGUAAGCAAAGAAUUGGAUGUGCUUAAGCAUGAAAAGGAGAACUUUUCAAGCUUAUUGAGUGAGAAGUCACGUGAAUGUGAAGUUCUUCAGUCACAGUUGGUACAGCAACAGUCUGAAAUUACUUCAGCAAGGCAACAAGCACAUACAGCAGCUCUAGAAAAUGAAAAAUUGAAAGUAGACAUUGAAACAGUUAAUGUUAUGGAGGCUUUGAUUCAGCAGAUGAAAGAUAGUAAAAUGGCAGGAGAGGGGCAAUACAUGCAAAUCAUUUCAGAUCUGCAGAACCAAAUACAAGGCCUAGGUUUUGAAACCAACCAGCUUAGACACGCAAUGCAGGAAAAAGAAAAUGAGUUUAAGAGGCAAGCCCAAGAAUUAAAGUUAUUGAAAGAUAAAUCUGAAGAGUCUGAUGUACUUAGGGUUCAACUGUCUGAGAAUAUGGAGGUUAUUUCUGACCUUCAGUAUCAGCUUAGAAAUGUGACAGAAAAAUCAUCCCAGUUGAAUGAAUCGAUUAUACAGAAGGAUGAAUCUUUAAAACAAAAGUUGGGUGAAUACAUCAAUUUAAAAGCACAGCUUGCUGAGGCACAGGAAUCUUCUGUUUUGCAACAGAAACAGUUGGAGCUUUUAGCCUCUGAAGCACAGCAAUUAAAAGUACUUAUUUCAGAAAAAGAGUUAGCCAUCAACAGCAUCUCAUUGUCUAGUGAGAAUUUAAAGACGCAACUUCUAGAGAAAGAGAAUGAAUGUGAGGUCUUAAAGAAACAGGUGGUAGAGCUGGAGGAAGUGAAAGUGGAUCUGCAAAAAGAAAUACAACAUCAGAAGAAUGUAAUAAUUGAGAUGAACCAGUCUUUAUCAGAAAAGGAGUCAUCUCUUACAGAAAAUAAAAGUCUCCUCAAAACUCUGGAGGAGAAAGCUAAGAAAGAUGAAGAGAAGACAAAUUCAAUUUCUCAACUCAAAAGUCAGGUACAUGAGCUAACACAGGAACUACAGAAAUCUAAAGAACUAGUCCAUGAGAAAGAAAAUGCCUUUUUAUCUCUUCAGGAGAAAAUUGGAGCACAGUAUGUAUUAAAAACUGAGUUGAAUGCAGCUCUUGGGGAAAAAGAAGUAGUUAUUGCUGGACUGCUAAAUUCUUUAAAAGAGAAAGAUACCAGUAUACAGUUGGCAGAUAGCAACAUUAAUGUUCUUUCUAGUGAGAUUGAGGUUCUUAGAGAAAAAUUAGAGAAAAGUGAUACAGCCAUGAAAAGCCUUACUAAGGAAUUUCAUGAAAAGAACGAGGAGCUUGAUACCAAUCAGAAGAAAAUUGAUUCUUUGACAAUUGAACUCGACUCUCUUAAAAACAAACACCAAACAGCACUAGAGCAAGUAAGUUUGUGGAAAGAACAACUACAGCAAAAAGAAUUGGCUGUGGAGUCUCUGCAUGUGAAGUGCACUGAACAGGCAGAUAACAUAGCGUGUUUGAAGUUAGAAUUGAACAAUGUAAAUUCCAAAUCAUCUCAAGACUGCCAUGACAAUGCACUUUUAAUAGGUGAUCUGCAGUGCCAGGUAGAGUCUUUAGAGAAAGAAAAAAAUCGGUUGCAAGAAGAUGCUGAUAAACUGAUGGCUGAAAACGCACAACUUGCUACGUCUCAAAAUCAUUUGCAAAAGAAAUUGGAAGAGCUCCGAGAAAUCAAUGAAAAACUAGAAACCAGUGAGAAUUAUUCGAGAAUGCAGAUAGAUGCUGUCAAACUGCAGAUGAAGACUGAAAAAGAGAAGUUACAGAUGCAGGUUAGUGCAAAGGGUGAAGAACUUUCUAAAUUAGAACUUAAAUUUGAAACUCUAGAACAAAGUCUACUUGAGUCAGAAAACAAGUGGGUGACAGAACUUGAUAGGGCAACUUUACAGAAUAAUAAUCUUGCUGAGCAAUUGAGCGGUUUAGAAAGUGAAAUGAAAUUAAAAGAUAGCAAAAUCCAGUCUUUGCAGCAAGAGCUGGAUCUUAUAAAAGAGGAAUUAACUCAAAGCUUAUCUCCAUUACUUAGUAGUAGGCUUUUAUGUAAAGAAAAGAAGGCACAGACUUCAGAUUCUGAACUGCAGCUAACUGAUAGUAAAAUUCAGUUGGAAAAAUUCUCCACUCUUAUAACCACUAUUUUGAGCAAAGAAACAGAAGGAGAACAAUUGCAACUGGUGCUUUUAGAAAAACAGAAAGAAAUAGACACCAUGAAAGAUGAAUUAAAAAGUAUGCAGUCACUUGAGAAGCAGAAGGAGUUGCUGCAGAAUGAUAUUGAAAAGAUGAAGGGCAAAUACCAAUCUGAAAUUGAAUGUCUGUCAAAAGAAAUGGUUACAGUCAAGGAAACGUUAUGUAAACAACAGUCUCUCUUGCAAGAAAGGGAAGAGUCUUUUGCAGAAAUAAAUAAGCAGGUUGAGUUUCUUCAAGACAAGAUAAAUAAAUCAGAAGAAAUAGUAAGAAACAGUCAAGAAAAACUGCAAGUUGAAGGUAAAAAAGUAGCAAGUCUCCUUGAAGAAAUAGGGAGAAAAGAUCAACUCAUUGAAAACUUAACUUCCCAGGUAAAUCAGCAGAAGGAUUUAAUUUCUGGUCUAAGCCAGCAACUGAAAGAAAAGGACUGUUCUGUUACCCAGAUCAUGGAAUCAUUGUCUAAUGAAAUGCUGAAUUUUUCUGAAGAGAGAAAUACCUUAAGUACCAAACUGCAAGACCUUGAAGCUGUGCAUAAUAGUUCUGUAGGAGAGCUAAACCGAGUAUUGCAGGAACUUGAGGAUUGUAAGAAGGAACUGGAACGUAGUCAGGUUACAUUAAGCAGUAGGGAAGCUGUGUUUAAAGAUUUAAUGAACGAAAAAGAGGAGAUGCAGUUUAAUCUUGAGAAAAUGGGCAAGGAAAAAGAGAAUCUGAAAAAGAAACUUCAAGCAGCAUUGAUAAUAAGAAGAGAUCUAAUGCAGAAAGUUGGAAAACUAGAAAAGAGUGGUCAGGAAGAAAUAGAAAAAGAGCAAAAAAAAGCAGAGGAACUGUUGAAGAAAGUUGAUGAGUUAACAGACAAGCUGAAACUGGUUGAAGUACAGAAUAAAGAUCUUGAGUCUCAUCUUGGAACUUUGAAGCAACAACUUUUAGAGAAAGAUGCCAAAAUAAGUGAUUUGACUGAAAUUUUGUCUUUGAAAGCUUCUUAUUUAGAGGAACUUCAGGACAAUCUUGCAAAGCUAAACGAUGUCAUUACUGAGAAACAGAACGUAUGUGAGCAGAACCUAAAAUCUUUAGAGGAAAAGGACUGCAUGCUUGCUCAUAUGCAAUCUAUGCUUGAUGAAAAAGCAAGUGCAUAUGAAGAGGAACGUUCUCAGCUGCUCUUAGCUCUUGAAAAGGUAAAGUCUGAGGUUAAGAAAAAGGAAGAAUUGUUGAAAAAAUCCUGUUCAGAAGAGCCUGGUUUAAGUGCUGAGGACAGGAAGAAGUGUCUGGACCCUAACAAUGACAUUAAUGUCUUGAGUCAACUAAAAAAAGAAAAAGAAGCCUUACAGAGGGAGCUUUUGGUCAGGAAAGAAGAGAUGAAAAAAAUUGAGAAAGAAAGGGAAGAGCACACUAAACUUGCAGCAGAUUAUGAUGAACAAAAAACCCACCUUGAGCAACUCAAACAAGAACAUAAAGCACUCUGGGAAGUUCUUCAAACGAAAUCUGACCAAAGGAAUUUGGAAUCAGACAAACCAAGGAGCAAGGUUCAGGUUGCAUCCUUAAGAGAGUCAGAAAACGUGAUCACAUCAGUGGCCAGUCAAGACACUGAGUUAAAAGAACUAAGAAGUAAUUACGCAAAACUUCAGGAGGAAACAGAAAUGUUAAAGAAAGAGUUGAGGAAAAUGUCAGUUGAAUUUGUUGAUGAAAGAGAAAGAACCGUCAGCUUAGACUCUUUGGGACAGCAGGAGCAGUACCAGGAGCAAUGUAUGGGCAGCUUGUUGGAGGACAUAAAGCACCUACAGAAAAAGCUGAAGGCGUAUGAGGCUGAAGCUGUAGAUGUUAAGACAGCACUUAAGCACGUAAAUAAUGAGAAAGAAGCACUUAUUAAAAAAAGUGAAGAGGAUUACAAGAUGAACCAGGAGAAACUGCAGAGACUGAGAACUGAAGCUAAGAAGGAGAUUGCAGAAAAGGACGAGGAAAUAGAAGCGUUGCGUUGUUCGCUUACGGAUCUCAAAGAUAAACUUGAUCUGGAAAAAGAAUUAUUAAAUGAAGCUAUAAAGGAGGGCCAAGAAGAAGCCUACCAUUACAAAACAGCAUUUGAAGAAAUGAAGGAUGAAAAAGAGAAACUUCUCAGUUGUUUGGAAAAGUCCGAUUUGGAACUAAUUAAUAUGAAAAAGGAGGUAAAACAUUUCAGUGAAGAAAACAAAAAACUUCUGACAGAGCUAUGUAUGCUACGUGAGAAGGCUGAGAUGAGUAGACCUGUGGCGUCAUGCAGAGAGCUCAAGGAAGAAAAUUAUACUGAAAAAGUACUGGGAGAGUUUUGUCCAGAAAGUAAUUCCUUUCAAGGAAAGUUACAAGAUAAAGGCACCUGUUUUCAACUAUCAGAGACUGAUUACUCCGGGAAAACUAAACCUAGAGAAGCAACAGAAUGUCAAAUCCAGGAACAAAUGCAAAUGAUUGAAGAGCCACUGUCAAAAACAUCAAGUGUAAAUGAUUCUAAACCAGAAGAGCAAAGAACUAUAGCAGAAGAAAAGUCCAGAGAGCGCCUUCAAAGAAAAUUACAGGCGGCUUUAAUAUCACGUAAAGAAGCCCUGAGAGAAAAUAAAUGUCUAAAAGACCAGAUUGAUAAGCUGCUGUUGGAAAGAGAAGAACUGGUGAACAAGACAGGUAUGCUUGAACAGUUGUUAGAACUUGGUAGAGAAAAACAAAGUUCAAGUACUGUUUCUCCAUUGUCUGAAGAGGAGCGGCUCGUUUCUGAAAAUGCUAGACUGUUGACUGAAAAUGAAAACCUCACUGCGGCAUGCGAAAGUCUUAAAUCCACCAUGGAGACUAUAGUUCAGGAAAAAGAGGCCUUUUCUUUCCAACUCAAUACCUUAAAAGAUUCUCAGACAGUUGAAUUAACAGGAUGGAAGGCUAAACAUAGUGAGUUAAAGCAGGAGUAUGAAUCACUUCUUCAGGCUUAUGAGAAUAUCAGUAGUAAAAUAGCAGAUAUGAGGCAAGUUAUUGAUCUCACUAGAAAAGAGAAGCAAGAGGCUAUUCAAAGGCUCAGGGAAGGAGAAUCUGAGAAGGAGGCUCUUGAGAAGCGUUUACAAAAACUCCUAGAUGAAAAUGAGCUUACUAAGAACCAACUGAAACAACUCAUUGAAUCCAAGAAAAUUGAGGUUGACGAAUUACAAAGUAAAGCAGAAAGGCAGAUCCGUGAGCAAGAAGCAAGGACGCAAGAACACCAGGAUCGUCUUCAGGAACUCACUGAUCAGAAUCAUCAACUAAUGGAGGAAAAUGAGCAGCUGAAACAAACUUCUGAAAAUUUAAAGCAGGCUUUAGAGAAAAUCCAGAAGGAAAAUGAUAUCCUUCAUAAUAACAUCACUGUAACUAAAGCAGCUUUGGGAGAGCUCCAAGUUCAAGUGGAAGUGUACCAAACUGAUAUGCAAUCUAAAAUCAGUGAUGCGUUAUAUGAGAAUGAAUCAUUGUUAAAGGACAUUAAUGUGUUAAAGGAUAAACUCUCUGACAAAGAGCAAGAUCUGGACGUGGAAUGUAAAAGCCUUAAACAAGAAAUUGUUAGUCUAAAUGAAAAAGUUAAGAUUUUAGAGGAUGAUAAAUGUCUGUUACAGGAAGAAUUAGAAAAUGUACAAGAAAGUUCUUACAGAGUAAAGAAUGAGAGAGAAUUUCUUGAGACAGAAUUGCUUAAUCAUGUUAAAAAGGUUGAUCAUCUUACUGAUAGAAUGAAAUCAGCACAGGUGCAGAAUAACUUGCUGUUACAGCAACUGGAAGAAUUAAAGGCAGAAAAAUGUAAUGUGAUCAGAGAGAAAGAAGAACAGCAGUUACACCUUGUAAAAAUGUUUGAGGAGAAGGUGAAAAGUGCUCAGAGGGAUAAUAAUGGAAGUAAAAACAAAACGAAAGAAUUGCAAGAACUGCUAAAGGAGAAACAGCAGGAGAUCAACCAUUUGCAAAAGGAUUCUAUAAAGUUUCAGGAGCUGAUCCUGGAUUUGGAAAGAUCUGUGAAACUGGCACAGUCAAAAAGUGAAAAAUUCGAAAAAGACUUAAGUAAUAUUUCAGAAAAGCUUGCAAAAUCAAAUGAAGAAAUACAUUGUCUCAAGGGAGAGCUUUCUUCACAGAUGAACUUGUUGGAUCAGUCAAAGAAUGAAGUGGACAGACUUACAGAUGAGAAUAUAAAUUGGAGAAAAGAACUUAAAAAGAAAGAAGAUGAACUACAAAUUCAAAAGAGAGACUAUGAGAGAGAAUUGGAAUUUAAUCUUCAACAAUUAAAAUUGGUUCACAAAAGAGAAUUUUUGAACCUAGAAGAAAGACACGGUGUCCUGGAGAGAGAAAAAGAUAGGGCAGUUAGUGAGAUUCACAGUUUGCAAGAGGAAGUUAACAUUAAGGACUCUCAAAACAAGAAGCUUCAAGCAGAUUUGAAUGCAGCUUUGGCACGAUUAGCUGCUUUUACGAAGUGUGUGUCCUCUCUCCAGGAUGACCGGGACAGGGUAAUCACUGAAAUGAAAACCUGGGAAAUGCAGUUCAAAGAGGCCAUCCAAAAUAAAGAGAAACAGAUAGAAGACAGUAAUAAAAGAAUAACGUCUUUACAAGAUGAAUUGAAAGACAAAAUUACUCAGAUUCAAGAGUUGAAUAUCAAAUAUUCUGUGGUAGAGGAGACAAAGGAUGAACUGUAUUUGAGGCAAAAAUCUGUUGAUAUGCAACGCUAUGAAGAGCUCUGCAGAAUAAAGGAAGAAAAUACGUAUUUUUUCACCAGGCAGCAAGAAUUGGAGAGUGUUCUUCAGUCCAAAGAAGCAGCUUUGCAAGCACUCCUUAAAGAAAAUAAUUCUCUUAAUCAUCUCAUAGAGAAUAGUAAAAGUGCAGGAAGAGAGAUAAAAGCUCUGGAAAGUAGUUUUACAAGACAGGAACAAGAAUUGCAACAGCUUCUAGCUGAGAAGGAAAAAAUUAAUGCUGAGUUGCAAAAGCAGAUUACCAUUUCUGAGCAAAUGAAGAUCAUGCUAAAUAGCAAAGACAAAGAAAUUUCCUUACUCAUUUCUUCAAAAGGUGAUGAGAUUUCUGACUAUCUGAAUCAGGUACAGACGCAACAUAGAAACCAAAUCAAAGAGUAUGAACUUCAGUUAAGGUCUUCGCAGCUAGAGAGACAACAGUCUGAGGAGUCCUGUCAGAGGAUGGAAAAAGAAUUGAGGAGUCUCCGGAUGAAAGCAGACCAAGCAGGUCAAGAUAAGGCUGCAAUUGCCAGUGAAGUAGAUGCCUUUAAAAAAUCAAUGUCAUCUCUUCAGAAUGAUCGGGAUGAUCUUUUUUCCAAAUAUAAAGAACUGGAACACCUUCAUCAAGAGGUCUUAAAUCAGCGGGACAGACUUAUAGUUGGCAAUGCAAGUGAGAAUAAUGCUUUGAAGCAAGAACUAAGGAUACUUCUCAAUCAGAGAGAUGAUCUUCAUUCUGAAAAUGCAAUGCUAAGUGCACAGCUGAUAAAGUACAGGGAAGAUCUUAAUCAAGUUUUAUCUCUGAAAGACCAUCAGCUGAAAGACUUACUUAAGCAGAAAUUGGACUGUAUUAAAAGCCUCGAACAAGAAAAAUAUGACCUUCAAAAACAAAUGAAAGAAAUGCACCUUUCCAAUCAACUGCAAAAGGAUACUGCUGAAACUUUGGAACAUGAAAAUAAAAAAUUAGUGUCUAAAAUAAAUGAUUUAGAAUCUUUAAUUGCAUCAUUAAACAAAGAGAAGCUUGUUUCUGAAUCUGGAGAGAAACUGCGAACUAGUGAUAGUGUUCAGAAAAAAGAAUGGGUAUCCAGUGGACAGUAUGGAGAAAAUCUUCAGAAGAAGAUUCGAGAACUCCAGAAAUCAAGAGGCAGAAAUACUAAGGAUGCAGAUGAGGAAUACAGUAAGACUCUCUUGACACUUGAAGAUGGAGAUGACCCUGGUGCUUUUGCAGAGAAGAUGAUAUUAGAAGUUCAAUCUCAAAAUAGUGAGCUGAGGUCCCAAAAUGAGGCCUUUGGGAAAGCAAUGACUGCUCUGCAAAAUGACAGAGAUAGGAUAAUAGAGGACUUAAAGGUACUUCAGAGCAAAUACACAUCUGAACUCAAGACGGAGAAAAAGAAAGGAGAGGAACUUGAGGCUGAAUUGGAUGGCUUUAAAUUACAUCUGAUCAGUAUGCUCAAAGAAAAUUCUCUUCUGAAUCGGGUUAUUUUUGAUGCUGCAGAUAAGGUUACACUUGAUCAGAUUGCUGAUGAAAUUGAAAAUCUCUGUAGGACGUUAGUCAGUCGUGAGAUGGAGAUGAGCAGACUCUCAUCUGAGUGUGGGAAUUAUGUUCACCAGAUUGAAGCGUUUUCCAAGGCUAUGGCCAGUCUUCAGGAUGACCGAGACAAAUUGCUGCAGGAACUCAGCAAUCAGAAGGCUAAAGAAGGAGCCAGCCUUGCAGCUGUUGAAAUAUCAAAACUGAAGACCAAGGUUGAUGAUUUGGAGAAGGCAUUGCAUCAGACAAAAGCCUUCCAAGCAGAAACUGAGCGAGAGAUUGCAUCAUACCAGAAUGAGCUUGCUGGAUUGAGAAUGGAAAACAACCUCCUCCUCUCAGAGUCCCAGGCACUGCGAAAUCAAUAUCAAAUCACAGUUGCUGAGAAAGACAGACAGAUUGCAGAACUACAGAAGCUGCAACAAGACACGAUUGUUAAGAAAUCAGUCUCCGCUGGCAGCAAUUACCCAGUCAAGGUUUUAGAAACUGCCGCACUCGCUGGAAGUGCAGACGUGCCAGAGGAAAUCAAACACAUCUUAGCUGAGAAGAAUCAGCUUCAAAACGACCUGCAGCGCUGUCUUCAGGAGAUACACCAGAAGGAUCUGCAUUUUCAGCAGAUUAAUUCAAAGGUGGUGCAGUCUGCAGAAGAGAAUGCUGUCUUGUCUGCCCAGUUGAAGACUCUUUCGCAGACUCUAAGGGAUAACCAGCUUCGUUACACUGACUUGCAAAAUCGUUAUUUAAGACUGGAGAGGGAAUAUCAGACCAUGCAAGUAACAUCUUUCCAAGGCACUGUUCAGGAUGAAACUAGAGCAGAAGUUCCCCCUGGAGCGCCACAGGAAAGAUCCGCGGUUAUUGUUGAAAUAGACAAUACGGAGCUGAAUGAACUCAGAAAAAGGCUUUCAGAGACCGAGCAACAGUAUGAUUCAGUGCAGCAGGCGCUCUCACAGCUGACAGAAACACUGUCAGAAGAGAAGAGGAGGAGAGAAGCUGCAGAAGAGGCUCUUGGACUCUCUGAGGAGCAAAGUAACAGAUUUGAAGUAAGCAGUUACAGGUCUGUACCUAGCGAAUAUGCGGUUCAGAUGGAAACUGAGGAGGAAAGAGAAGCCUUAAUCAUCAAUCCUAGUGAACAUGUUAUUGUGCGAAAGGUAAGAGGAGCCCUUUCCUUCAGAAGAUGGGUUCGAGGGCGAAGUCUUUACUGUUCUAAGCUGCUGACCUCCAGAGCAAAAUCCCGCUAUUUAUUCCUCACGUACCUAGUUACACUACAUCUUGUUGUUUUACUGUGCCUGACUGGUGUUCUCUGA